AUGGCCGACACGACGCCGCCGCCACCUGGCACGGUGCCUUUGAUGCAGCAUGAGGACACUGUUGGAGCAAUGGAAUUCCUUCUCUCGCCAACUCCAUCGUCUGACCCCAAUGAGCCAUUGAAUUGGCCGACAUGGCGAAAAUUCCUCAACUAUGGUCUCGUCACCGUCGUUACCUUGGCAGCGUUCACCAACCUCUCUGUCCAAACAGUGCUCUGGCAGCCGAUGAGUGUCGACCUGAAAGUCACGUUCUCUCAGCUGUCUAAUGCCCAAUCGGCCCAGCUCGCCGGUCUGGCAGUUGGAUGCCUCUUCUUCAUCCCCUUCGCGAUCAAGUACGGUCGACGUCCGGUCUAUAUCCUUUCUACUCUUGUGCUGGCAGCCUCUUCUUGGUGGACGUCCCGUGUCGACUCUUACGCGGAGUUGAUCGCGACGUCCUUCAUCACAGGGCUUGCAGGUGCUAUUAACGAAACAGCGGUGCAGAUGACCCGUGGAGCUGCCAACGGCGUCUACUUCAUUGCCGUGAUGUGCGGCUCGUUCCUGACUCCCAUGGGUGCUGGCGCUCAGGCUGUUGCGCAAAGCUGGCGUUGGUCCUACUACAGCAUCUCGAUUGCUCUGACUGUUCUUUUCGUGGUCUUUGUGUUCUUCUUCGAAGAGACGAAAUAUAUUUGUCCCACUCAAAGUACCGCAGUGAUCGACUUUAACGAACUGGAACUUCCGGUUGAGGGACAGAACCAGGAACAGGACGAGGUAAAGAAGAUGAACUCUGUGGACCUUGCAGCGAUCAAGUCAAACGCUGUCGGAGAAGUCGACAUUCCGAUGAAAUCGUAUCGGGAACGGCACCGCCUCGUCACCAAAUCGAAUGAGUCUCUGUGGGAAACAUUCAUUUUGCCAGUCAGGGUCAUCUGCCUGCCCCAUGUGGCAUUCACGGCCAUUCAGUUCGCUUCUGGCGUCUGCUGGCUGGUCACGAUGCUGCAGGCUAACGCCAUUGUCUUCUCGGCGCCGCCCUACCUUUUCACUCCCGCUGGAGUGGGAUACAUGGCCCUCGGUCCGUUCGUCGGCAACGUCUUUGGCAGCAUCUAUGGCGGUGUUUUUGCCGAUUGGCUAGUCGUUCGUUUGGCGCGUCACAAUAAUGGUAUUUACGAGCCGGAGAUGCGACUGUACCCCCUGUUUUUGUCGACCAUCACCAUGGCAGGCGGAAUGAUCAUGUACGGUACUACGGCGGCCCGAGGAAUGCAUUGGAUUUAUCCCAGUAUUGGCGGUGCAUUCUUUGCCUUUGGCCUUGGUUCCAAUGGUGGCAUCGCAUUCACACUUGUCAUUGACGCCUACAGAGAGUUGACCGCCGAGUCCUUUGUUGGUAUUGCUUUUAUUCGCAAUGCCGGUGCCAUUGGCGUUCCAUCUGCUUUUGUGCCUUGGAUGACAAGCAUGGGCUUGUCAAACAUGUUCAUUACGGCUGGGUGCGUUGCCUUUGCUGUUGGCUCCCUCUUCCUCCCUCUUCUCAUUUGGGGCAAGAAAAUCAGGAUUGCUCUGGCCCCGAGGUUCAGGCGUUUGGUAGAUCUUCAUGAGAAGAACAAAUGA